AACUGCAAGCAUUUGAAUUGCAAGCGUCCAGCCAUCUAGAGCUGCUCAGUGGAUCCAGUGAGGAAUCUUUAGAGACAAGUCGAGACAACACCCAGCCAAAAUGGCCAACAUUAAUUUGCAGCAGCAGAUGCCACUCAUUAUGGCCACCGCAGCAAUUGUAUGCAUUGCUGGCACACUGAAGACUUCGGCAGCAGCAGCACAGUUCCGUGGCCCGGCAAGUGGAGGAGGUGGCAACAACUUCAACACUGCACUGUACGAUAAUCGCUGGCUGCCACUGUCCGAGGAGCAGGCAACAUCCGUGUUGCACAAGCCACUGGCUCUGCAUCGCUAUGGCAUCGGUGGCGGGGGGCAGGAGGCCGAAGAGCGUCGCAGUUACAGAAGCAAUUCGUCGGGUGGCGGCAGCGGCGGUGGAUUCGAAGCUAUGCUUAAUGGUCUCUCAAAUCUCUCGGGCCUGGGACACAUUAGCAACGGCUACGCCUCAGUGGCGCCCACGCAUACCGAAGCCUUGGCGCUGGCCUCGUCCUCGUCCAAACAAGAGAUACCAAUUUAUGAGGAGCAGCACGACGAUGCGGCUGUCGCGGCGGUGGCGGCAACAGCCAACGAUUACGGUGAUGGCGGCAAUGGCGAUGGCAGCAUUGAUGCUGGGGACCAUAUUCAACAGCAGCAUCACCAGCAGCAGCAGCAUCAGCAGCACUCAAGUGCGGGUCUCCAUCCGACGAUUUACGAUUAUCCAGCUGUUGCCACGGGAGGAGGUGGAGGCGGUUAUCUGCCGGCAUUUGGCGGCGCUGAGCACAACACGUUGACGCCCUCUGAGGCACAGCAAUACAAGGAGGCGGUCGUCGCAGCAGCCCAACAACAUCAGCAUCAGCAGCAGCAUCAGCAGCAGGUGGAGCAGUCGCAGGGACAUCAUUACGCCUACGACAAAAUCUCGGUGGGAAAUUAUCUGAAUCAUUACGAUCAGAACUCUGACGGCUUCGAGUCAUAUCGCCAGCAUCACGCUGACGAGCAGCAGUAUCAGCAACAGCAGCAGCAUCAGCAACAACAGCAACUCGAACACGCCUCCUACUCGUCGUCGGCGGGGGGCUCGGCAUCAGGUGGCAGUGACUACGAGGACCAUGUGGAUAGCGAUGGCGGUGCUGGCGACCAUGGCGCCAAUUUUCUAGCCGAAUCGAGUGGUCACGAUGGAGCCCAGGCGCAUUCACAUCAGUCGCAUCAUCAUGUGGACAUCAUUAACUAUGUGCCCGUCAAGCAUGUGAAGAAGGAGCAUGUGCCCGUCGAGAAACCCGUCAAAAUUCCCGUCUCGCAUGCCGUCAUCAUUCCCGUAAAGAAACCUGUGCCCAUUCACAUACCCAUCACCAAGCAGGUGCAGGUGCCCAUCGAGAAGGAGCUGAAGGUGCCGGUGGAGCGCAUCAUCCCAGUGCCAGUGGAGAAGCACAUCCCGGUGCCGGUGGCGAAGCAUGUGCCGUACCAUGUGGUCAAGUAUGUGCCCAUCAAGGUGCCCAAGCCAUUCCCAGUCAAGGUGCCGGUGUUCAAAACUGUUCUGCAUAAGGUCAAGAGUUGGUGGUAAACCAAGAGAAG